CGUACUUCCGGCUAACUGUCAAACUUGUAGGCUCACGUCAGUCGACGGGACAGGCUUGGACCAAAAACCAGCGGACGGGCAGUUCAUCGUUACGGCAGCCAAAGGCAGUCAAGAGAAAUGUCUUUUAUAUUUGACUGGAUCUACAGGAGCUUCAGCAGUGUCUUGCAACUAUUAGGGUUGUACAAGAAGACUGGCAAGCUAGUCUUUCUUGGCCUGGACAAUGCUGGAAAGACAACACUCCUGCACAUGCUCAGAGAUGACAGGCUAGGACAGCACGUUCCGACGCUACACCCAACGUCCGAGGAGUUGACAAUAGCUGGAAUGACCUUUACGACGUUUGACCUCGGAGGUCACACGCAAGCACGAAGGAUCUGGAAGAACUAUCUCCCAGCCAUAAAUGGUAUAGUCUACAUGGUGGAUUGUGCUGAUCAUGAGCGACUAAUAGAGGCUAAAGUUGAACUGGAUGCCUUGUUAACAGAUGAAACCACCUCAAACGUCCCGGUUCUCAUCCUGGGCAAUAAAAUAGACCGUCCAGAGGCCAUCAGUGAGGAUGCACUCAGAGGAAUGUUUGGUCUUCAUGGACAUACAACUGGAAAGGGCAAAGUGUCACUGAAGGAGCUGAAUUUGCGGCCAAUGGAGGUUUUCAUGUGCAGCGUGCUGAAGAGACAAGGAUAUGGGGACGGUUUCCGCUGGCUCUCCCAGUAUAUUGACUGAUUCACGUUCUUUUAACAACCGUAACAAGAUUUACCGUGCUGCCUGUGCACACAAAGACAUGUUCCACACAAUACUACCUGCCAUAGAGAGAGAUUUUAUUAAAUAUACUCAAUUUAGGACUUGGACUGUGCCAGUAGGAAAUGUGUUUGAAGUAGUGUUUUGUGUUGUUAAUAUAGCCUGUGUUCUUCAUGCAUUCAAAGAAAUAUGUAUGUCAUAUCAAUCAUACCACAGUGAGUCAAAGAUGAAGUUAUGACUCUUCAGUCUGUAUUGUUCGGAUUGAAUGUGAAGUAUAAGCUUCAUGGUGUGGUUCCUACCUUAACUUAAAGCCUGUAGGGAAUUCUGUCUGCCAUAUAGAACAUGUCAUCGCUGUGAACCAGUUUCUGACCCGGGUUUAUAUUUAGCUGCUGGUGUAGACUUACAGUGAAGGUCAAUUUGGUUAACACUUUGUGCUUGGAGUUACUUUUCCUUGAUUGAGGAUGAAUAUUAUAAUUAUAUCCUUAUAUUUAUUCUGGUUCUUGGGAAUCUUGAAUUACCAUCAUUAUUUUCAAAGAACAGCAUAGUUUUGAUGCCAUAUUUGUUAAAGAGAGAAGCACUAAUACAGUAGCCUGCUAAAUCCAAGGAUACUUACAGUUCUGUUGAUUGCACAUUUGUUUUUAAUUAAUGAAGGGUUUAUCACUACAGGCCAAUUAUAUGACUGCGACCAUAAGUGCAUUGACUGACAUUUUGCUGCGAGGAGCUUUAUUCAAUAGCACAGAACAGUGCAAAAUAUUUGCAGUAUAUGUUACCACUACAUCAGCUGUCCACAGUGAGGAUGCCAAACUACCUGUUUUCAUAAUGGUUAAUUGCUGUGAAAUGACUUGAGUACUUUGUGAUUAGUGGCUGCUCACAACAGGCAGAUAUUAUGAGAGUACUUGGGUGGUGCCUAAAAAUAGGGCACGCAAUAGAUAUGCAUGGAAUUACCUCUUAGUGCAAUAUUAUACAUUAUCUUGUAUAUAAGCUCUUAUUUAUAUUUUGCAAUAAAAAUUGGGCUUGCCUUAUGUUACAUCAAGUGUCAAGCUCUGGAGUAAUGUAUCUGUUACAAAAGGUAGGCCAUAUUGUUAUUAAACAUGUUUGAAGUUUGAGCAUAAUAAAACAUUUUUUGACAAUCCUUUAAA